AUGCCGUCUCUCAAAGAACGAAUGGCCGCUUUCCAAGAUGCAUCGUCUCCUGACAAAUUUCAAGAAGAAAAACGUGCGACCACGCCGAAAGCAAUGCCAAGAGCUCGAUCUCGUUCACCUCCACCUAACUUCUUGACGAAUUCCGGUGGAAAGAAGAAGCCUGUCCGAGGAAAGGUGGUCGAAAACCAUGUAUCACCUGUUCGGCAACGUCCCAAAGAUUGGGAUUAUCUUUUCGAUCUUGCGAAUCGCUUUGACCAAUUCAAGGCGGAAGAAGCGGAUCAAAAGAAAAAGAAGGCUGCAGGUGAGUUGCCGCCUACGCCUGAAAAGGAAGCUAAUGAGGAAGAGGGCGGUGGCACUGAUAUCCGCGCCGCUUUGGAAGGAGUCAUGGCCGGGAGCUACACUGCCAGCGCGGACUGGUUGAAUCAAGAUUGGAUAACCGAACAUCUAGUGGAGAGCACCGGUGAAAACUACAAAUCCUUGACAUUCAACUUCAAUGACCCCAGUUUGUUCAAAAAGUUCACCAAGGUACAAGAUAAGGAUCGAAAAGUCAUCAUUGCCAAGUUCAUUUCCAACUUGCUGAGUCAUCCAAAGUCUGGAGAGAUUACCCGUCUAGAUUUGCAUGGGGCCCUCUUACCCGACGAAUUUAUGGAAGAACUGUCGGUUGAGAUUUUAAAAAAGCCAACCAGUACUUUGAAGAAUCUUCAAGUCCUGAACUUGGAAUCCAAUUUGUUACAAGGAAAGGGAAUUGAAGCGUUGGCCAAAAUGAUUCGGCAUGACCUUUCCUUGCGAUACCUUCAAGUUCUCCAGUUGGAGAAUCAAGGAAAAACAAUGACCAGUGAUGCUGAAUCUGCCUUGGCUACUGCUAUUGGACACAGCAAUAGUUUGGUUGUCUGCAGUUUGCGAGUUCGUGGCGCUAUGGAAAAGAAGGAAAUUGACGACAUUACUGCCUACAACAUGGAUCAUCUCCGCCAGGCGAGAAGAGAGCAUGCUGCCAAGUCCGGAACACUCAAAACCCGCAAACGCAAUGAGAUGGAACAGUACUUUGAUAAGAUUGCGGCGAACGACGCAAGCAUUACUGCCGUUGAUAUUGUCGGUGACCAAAAAUUCUUGACGCUCAAGGCUGCGGAAAAGGUCAAGUCAGGAGCAGCUUUUGCAACCAAUACGAAUAUCAAGACUUUGAAGAUGCAAAAGCUUGGUUUGGACGAUGAUUUUGCAAAGCAACUUGGAGAAUCAUUGGCAAAGAAUUCAACCCUAGAAAAGGUCGUGAUUGAUAGUAAUGCGAUCACUGGAGCUGGUAUCAAAGCCUUGUUUGCUGGUUUGGGUCAGAAUUCCACCAUUGUUGAGUUUCAGGUCCGCCAUCAAUCCAAAACCAUGGCAUCGACCGACGAGCAGCCACUUCCGGAGUUAUUGGAACCAAACAAGUCGAUCAUCAAGCUUGGUGUCGAUUGCAGAGACCAGUUGAUCAAGAUGAAACUUGAUAAGGUGACAAACAACAAUCGGGAACACCAGCGCAAGCUUCGUGCUGCCGCUAAGAAGGCUGCUGCAGGCUAG